GGGCCAGCGCCAGCAGCAGCAGCGCCGCCGCCAUGACCUCGCUCCGCGCCUUCACCUGCGACGACCUCUUCCGCUUCAACAACAUCAACCUGGACCCGCUGACGGAGACCUACGGCAUUCCCUUUUACCUGCAGUACCUGGCACACUGGCCCGAGUACUUUAUCGUGGCAGAGGCACCGGGCGGGGAGCUCAUGGGUUACAUAAUGGGUAAAGCAGAAGGCUCUGUGGCUAGAGAAGAGUGGCAUGGCCAUGUUACUGCGCUCUCUGUUGCACCGGAAUUUCGGCGUCUGGGUUUGGCUGCCAAACUGAUGGAACUACUGGAAGAAAUUUCAGAGAAAAAAGGUGGAUUUUUUGUUGAUCUCUUUGUGAGAGUAUCAAAUCAGGUUGCAGUAAAUAUGUAUAAGCAACUAGGCUACAGUGUGUACCGGACAGUGUUAGAGUACUACUCUGCUAGCAACGGAGAGCCAGAUGAAGAUGCUUAUGAUAUGAGAAAAGCUCUUUCUAGGGAUACAGAGAAGAAAUCAAUUAUACCUCUGCCCCAUCCUGUGAGACCAGAAGACAUCGAGUAACUGUAAGCUGUGAUUCUCAGACAACAUACUAAAAGUGUCAGGUUCUUUCUCUGCCAGCCCAUCAAAGAGACUUACGGAUGAGAAAUCUUAGGCUUGAUCUUCUUUUAUAUGAAAUACCAAAAACAAUAUUGAGACGCCUAUGUACACUGCCUCUGUUGAUAAUAGCUACAUACUUUUGCAUUCACUCUCAUGAUUUUCCUUUUAAAUAUUAGAAAUGCAGACUAUUAAAUGAAGUAACCCCUGA